GCAAAAAAGUAUACUUGCCUGGAUAAAAGAUAUAGUAAACCACUUUUGGUUUGCUUGUCAACUUGCAGACAACAGAGAUGAGUUUAUGGGUGUGUGGCGAGGUGUACUCCACCAUGUCAGUGGAGUACAUGAAUGGGCCCUUGGCAGAUGCCUCCAUGGGCCUUUGGGUGAUGAAAGAGAGGUCAUACCCCCUGGAUCUACAGCACAUGUGGCUCUGUCACAAAUAGUGCUCAACCGCAGAUGGCUCAAGGAUAUUGAGAAGUUUCUCACCUUCCGGACAACUUCACAACUAGAAUCCUUCCAAAACCACAUACUCAUGUAUGCUGGCAAGCGGUUUGCCUUUUCAUUUGAAGCCUAUGAAGCCAGGACAUUUCUUGCGGCGUUGGACUACAACCACCACAACAACCGGCCUGUACAUGUCAACAACAAAGGCCAAGUGAUGCAAAAAAGACUGUACAGCAAGAAGUCACAGCGCUAUCGGGUACAAGCAGUGAAAGAGGCAAAAGUCUAUAGUUACAUCCCUGACCUGCUUAUGAAAAUUCUAGGAUUACGACUUCAGUCUGCAGGAGGACUCCCAAGAAAACGAAGCUACAGACCAGAUAACCCUCGGUUACUGGGACCCCUGUCUGGCAUUGUGCCCCCUCCUACAGCAGAUCUGGUGCAGUCACAGGUCCAAAGAGGGCAGGAAUACAGUGUUGUGAAUGUGGGAUUCGCCGCGCUGUGA